UAACAGGCUAGGUCUAUUGUAUCAGUCAAUGUUAGUAAAAUGCUUUAUGUUAAGAAUUCAUUGAGGAAUUAGAUUUACUCCGCUGUGCAAAGAGUUGCCUCUUGAUUCUGGAGUUCAUGCAUAUAAAGGGAACAGUGGCUGGGCCCUGCACCACAUUCUCUCUCCUCUUCAUCCCAGGCAGGCAGACUCCUUCUCAGCAGCCAUGUCCUUCUCCAGAUCUAGCAUGUCCUACAGCAGCAGUGGUGGUGGAGGUGGCACCAUGUCCAUGAGGUCUGGAGGUGGAGGUGGAAUGGGUAUGGGCUCCUCACGCUUCUCCUCGAUGGGUGGUGGUGGUGGUGGAGGAGGCCGCGUCACUGCCAUGAGGGCCGGCAGUGUGUAUGGAGGUGGCACCAUGUCCAUGAGGUCUGGAGGUGGAGGUGGAAUGGGUAUGGGCUCCUCACGCUUCUCCUCGAUGGGUGGUGGUGGUGGUGGAGGAGGCCGCGUCACUGCCAUGAGGGCCGGCAGUGUGUAUGGAGGUGCAGGAGGCUCUGGGGUGCGCAUCUCUAGCUCCUCGUUUGGUUCCGGCGGAGGAGGUGGUGGGGGCGGUUAUGGUUUCGGAAUGGGAGGGGGUGGCGGCGGCAGUGGAGGUUAUGGUUUCGGCAUGGGAGGGGGUGGUGGUGGCGGUGGAGCCGACCUCCAUGUGUCUGCCAACGAGAAGGCCACAAUGCAGAACCUGAACGACCGCCUGUCCAACUACUUGGAGAAGGUGCGCUCUCUGGAGGCGGCCAACGCCGAGCUGGAGCUGAAGAUCCGUCAGUUCAUGGAGAGCAAGACGUCCCCCAGCGCUCGUGACUACUCUCGCUUCUACACUACUAUUGUCGACCUGCAGGACAAGAUCCAGGCUGCCACUUGCUUGAAUGGAGGCAUCUAUCUGAGCAUCGACAACGCAAAGCUCGCUGCAGACGACUUCAGAACCAAGUAUGAGAACGAGCUGGCCAUGCGUCAGUCAGUGGAGGCAGACAUCGCCGGGAUGAAGAGGAUGCUGGAUGAGAUGACCAUGGCCAGAUCUGACCUGGAGAUGCAGAUCGAGGGGCUGAAGGAGGAGCUCAUCUAUCUCAAGAAGAACCAUGAGGAGGAGCUGCUGGCCAUGAGGUCACAGAUGACUGGACAGAUCAACGUGGAGGUGGACGCAGCACCACAGGAGGACCUGUCCAGAGUCAUGGCUGAGAUCCGUGAGCAGUACGAGUCCGUUAGUGCCAAGAACCAGCGCGACCUGGAGUCCUGGUUCCAGACCAAGACAGAGACGUUGAACAAGGAGGUGGCAACCAGCACAGAGGUUCUCCAGACCUCCAAGUCAGAGAUCUCAGAGAUCCGUCGCACCCUGCAGGGCCUGGAAAUCGAACUGCAGUCCCAGCUCAGCAUGAAAGGCUCCCUGGAGAACACGCUGGCGGAGACGGAGGGCCGUUACUCCAUGCAGUUGGGACACCUCCAGAACCAAGUGACCAGUCUGGAGGAGCAGCUAGUGUCUCUCCGCAGCGACAUGGAACGCCAGGGCCAGGAGUACAAGAUGCUGCUGGACAUCAAGACACGCCUGGAGAUGGAGAUCGCUGAGUACAGGAGGCUGCUGGACGGAGAGGCUAGCGGACUCGGCCUCAGCUCCUCGAAAUCCGGUCACAGCUCCUCCAGCUCCCACAUCAGCUCCUCUAGCUCUGGCCUCAGCUCCUCCACCUCCACCACCUCCACCACACGCAAGGUGGUGAUCGUCACAGAGGAAAUAGUGGACGGCAAGGUUGUCUCUUCAAGUGAAACCAAACACGCUUAAGGUCCCACAUACACACACAGAAAGCACUGCAGCAAGCAAUGGGUUAACCCCAUAGACAUAUAAUUACUAGAAUGGGUAUAGGAAAUGAGAGGCCAGCACUCUGAAUAUUGUUGUUCCCCAGUACUUUAUUCAUGCAACCUAAAAUACAAAGUUACAACUUAUACAAAAUAUUCGUAAGAUGAGAAAUCCCUGUCUUCCUUAUCUGUAUUAUUUGUUGAGGCCAGCUCUGGUUAACUCCCGUGUAAGAUGUGCAUAUCAUCCUCCUAUUCUUUCUAGAAUGGCUAAAGCCCCUCAGACACCCAUCAUGGAUCAUUGACUUGAAGGGGGAUUUAUUUUCUGGUAAUUCUAUUUCUAUGGUUAAAACCUCCAGAACAACACAUUCUACUACAUCUGGAUGGAACACCAACAACAGACCCCAUUGUGAAUGUAAUAAAGAUGCUCUGACUUGCUGACACCCUCA